AUGAGGGAGUGCAUCUCGAUCCACAUCGGUCAGGCCGGAAUCCAGGUCGGCAAUGCGUGCUGGGAGCUUUAUUGUCUUGAGCACGGCAUCCAGGUAUACUCCCUUUCUGACUUCAUGUUUGAUCUGUUUUGUGUUCGGAUCUUUGGCAAUGCUCGUUGCCUGAUCGUUUCUGCUGUGUUUUUUCUUGUUCUUCCUGUACUCCGCUAGGCCUUCAUUCUCCUUGAAGGUUAUUUUUCAUCCCCUGUAACAGAUCUGCUUUCAAUAGACACUUUUUCGGGUGAUUUUGUCUCCAUUCUCUUACUUCUACGGGGUUGUGUUUUUCAAAACAGGGAACAUUUAUCUGCUCGCUAGGCUCCUGCUUCUCUCCAUUUUACGAGAUCUAUAUUUUUCACUGUCGAACGUACAUCGGUACUGAUUUAUUCUUUAUCGUGUUCUAAUGGGGGUUUUCUUUCCUCAGUUAUGAUGUGUAGAUCCGGUUUGGUAAUGGUUUUCUGAUAGCAAUAUUUAUUGGAAAUACUCAAAAUGUUAUUAAACACGUCUUGGAGGUCCCAGCUCUGUCAGACGACUCACAUUUUUAGUGUGUCUCGUUCCCCGACUGAUAGUUCUCUCGGUCGUUGCCGUUUUGAUCUGACGUUGUGUUCCUUGCAAGUAGUUUCCAAAAAUCUUUUGUUUGGGAUAUUCUUCAUUAUGAUCUCAUUGCUAAUUCACCUUUGUUUUGGCGAUUUUCUGUGUGAUCCGACGGGUCUACUACUUCAAUAAAUCAAAGCUUCAACGGCAGCUAAAUUUGCAUUUUGACGUAUUUUUUAAUUUGAUACAUCGUGUGGAUAUGCAUUCGGUUUUUGGGAAGUGUUUAAGAUUGACGAACUUCCAAAAUUUCUGUGAAGCUCUGUACAUGUAUAAGUUAUUUCUGGACGAUGGUGCUGUUUAGACCCCUUGUACAUCGUGGAGAUAACUUGUUAGUUGAGUUAUUGUAUUUUCUGUUGUAUGGUUGUUUCAGUGAAUUGUUGUUUAUGCAGCCUGAUGGCCAAAUGCCCAGUGACAAGACCGUAGGUGGAGGGGAUGAUGCCUUUAACACCUUUUUUAGUGAAACUGGUGCGGGGAAGCAUGUCCCUCGUGCUGUUUUUGUUGAUCUCGAGCCGACAGUCAUUGAUGAAGUGAGAACUGGUACCUAUCGCCACCUGUUCCACCCUGAACAGCUUAUCAGUGGGAAGGAGGAUGCUGCCAAUAAUUUUGCUCGUGGGCACUAUACCAGUAAGUUUUUCUAAUCCUAGUUAUAAUACUGUCCCGUCUUCAAUCAAUAUAGUUUUUUGUUCAAAUGUUUUCAUAUUUAUUUGCAGUUGGCAAAGAGAUUGUUGAUCUCUGCUUGGAUCGCAUUCGCAAGCUCGCUGAUAACUGCACUGGUCUCCAAGGUUUUCUCGUUUUUAAUGCUGUUGGUGGAGGUACUGGUUCGGGGCUAGGUUCUCUUUUACUGGAGCGCCUGUCCGUUGACUAUGGAAAGAAGUCAAAGCUUGGUUUCACUGUUUACCCCUCACCCCAGGUCUCCACCUCUGUUGUGGAGCCCUACAACAGUGUUCUGUCCACCCAUUCGCUGCUGGAGCACACUGAUGUAGCCGUUUUGCUUGACAAUGAAGCCAUCUAUGACAUCUGCAGGCGCUCUCUUGACAUCGAGCGUCCCACCUACACCAAUCUCAACCGCUUGGUCUCUCAGGUUUGUUUAUAAGCCUAAGCCCAUGAUAAUCAUUCCUAAUGUUUCCCUUGUCCAUACGCUGAUAUUGAGUUCAUUUCCUCUGUAACUCAGGUGAUUUCGUCUCUCACUGCCUCGCUGAGGUUCGACGGCGCCCUUAAUGUUGAUGUCACGGAGUUCCAGACCAAUCUGGUUCCCUACCCAAGGAUCCAUUUCAUGCUCUCGUCCUAUGCCCCAGUCAUUUCCUCUGAGAAGGCAUUCCACGAGCAGCUCUCCGUGGCCGAAAUCACUAACAGCGCAUUUGAACCCUCCUCCAUGAUGGCCAAAUGCGACCCACGGCACGGAAAGUACAUGGCCUGCUGCCUCAUGUACCGCGGUGAUGUCGUCCCCAAGGACGUGAACGCCGCCGUGGCAACUAUCAAGACCAAGCGGACCAUACAGUUCGUCGACUGGUGCCCCACCGGCUUCAAGUGCGGCAUCAACUAUCAGCCGCCUACCGUGGUGCCUGGCGGCGACCUCGCCAAGGUCCAGAGGGCCGUCUGCAUGAUCUCCAACUCCACCAGCGUCGCAGAGGUGUUCUCCCGCAUCGACCACAAGUUCGACCUCAUGUACGCCAAGCGCGCCUUCGUCCACUGGUACGUGGGCGAGGGCAUGGAGGAGGGAGAAUUCUCCGAAGCCCGUGAGGAUCUCGCAGCCCUCGAAAAGGACUACGAGGAGGUCGGAGCCGAAUCCGCCGAGGGUGAAGACGGCGACGAUGGAGACGAGUACUGA